AUGUAUUAUACAGAUAAUAGUUUCAAUACAACGGACGUAUCUGAAGUCGUCAAAGUAAAUAGUAUUGAACCUACCUUUUUAGUACCAAACCUAAUCGAAGUGCCUCAUAAAGAAAAUAAUCAGGAUAUAACUGAUGUCAAUGAUCCAAGUAAAUAUUACUUAACCCUAAACCGUUCGAGUCCAUAUACAUCGUCCAAUUCUUCACCUUCAACCUCGACACCAAAUCAUCAAAAGUAUGGAAAAUAUAAACCAAUGGAAUGGACUAUUGAGACAAUUUUAGAACUUUUACAUACAUCCAAUGAUGGUCGUUUCGUUUUAGCCGACUCAAAAACAAAUAAUGGCUCUUUAUCCGAUGAUGGUCAAAAUACCCUAAUAAAACUACUUAUUAAUUUUCUAUUACAAGAUAAUAGCAAAGGCUCAGAUUUAUUUUUUCGCAAAAUAGCAACAUUAAUUUGUGAAGUGUUUCCUAGCGAGCAAAAGAGUGUAUAUUUCAUACCAGCUGGAGAAGGCAAUACUCAUGCUAAAGGGAAAUUGGUAGAGAGAUGGACAAAUGUAUCACGCAGAUUGCGUAGCAUAGGUGCAAUUAAAUCUGAUAACUGA